UUCCUGUAGUGGAAAAGAGGUUAUGUUUUGGUAGUUUGUUAUUAUAAAUGGUUCCGUCGUUGUAGGGGUUUGUUGAGUAUACGUAAAAUGUCAGAGGAAAAGUGUGCAGCAUUAGCAAGUAUACCUCAAAAGCGGUACUACCGCCAACGUGCACAUUCCAAUCCGAUUGCUGAUCAUUGUUUCGAAUACCCGGCUCAUCCAGACGAGUUCAAUUGGUCCGAAUUGUAUCCCGAGAUAGGGCAAAACAAGGUGGAAUUCGCAGACAUCGGUUGCGGGUAUGGAGGCUUCCUUAUCACAUUGGGUAAUCUUUUUCCGGAAAAAUAUGCUGUUGGCAUGGAGAUACGCGUGAAAGUCUCCGAUUAUGUAGUGGAUCGGAUAAAGGCGUUACGAGAAUUGCACCCACAUAAGUACAACAACGUUGCAUGCCUACGAACGAAUGCGAUGAAGUAUCUGCCGAAUUUCUUCCAUAAAGGUCAACUAAGUAAAAUGUUUUUCCUCUAUCCCGAUCCUCAUUUUAAAAAGGCGAAACAUAAGUGGAGGAUAAUUAAUUCGUCAUCCCUCUCGGAAUAUGCGUAUGUUUUACGUAAAGGAGGACUUGUAUAUACAAUUACUGACGUGAAAGAUCUUCAUGAAUGGAUGGUGAAAUAUUUCAACUGGCAUCCCUCUUUCGAGCAAGUGCAGGAUACUGAACUGAAAGAGGACCCAAUUGUCGACAAAUUGUAUCAAAGCAGUGAAGAAGGAAUAAAAGUGGCACGGAACAAGGGAGAUCACUUUGUGGCUGUAUUUAGGAGAAUAUAGUGAAUGAAUUCAAGGGUUAAGAUAAUAAUAAGAGUUACUUCGAACUAAA